GUUCAUUCAUUUGUUUCUUUCCAGUUUCUGGGCAUAUGGCCUUUCCUUCCUCAUUUUCUAUCUUCUCUUCCACCUCCUUCCUUGUCCCUGACAUUAAUCUCUGAAUCAUCACUUUCUUCUCAGCUAGCUACUUACGUUCUUGCUUCAAAUUUGCAGGAUCAGAAAUCUCAACCCAUAUGCACAUCGAUCAGAGAUAGAACUUGGUUCUGAAUUUUCUGGGUUAGUGGAAGCUGUUCAACACUCUCCUUUGAAUGAAAUGCUAGGGAGGAUUUUUCAUAGAGAGGUUGAUGGACUUGUUACCCAGUAAUGGCAGUGAUAAGAUAACACUGAUGAAGCGUUGGUUAUUCAUAGACAAGAGAGUCGGAUAAACGAAAGAAAAAUAUAAUAAAUCAGAGAGUCCAAAGAAGGUGUGUGUGGUUCAUUAAUAAUAAUGGAUUUGAAGUCGUCUCAUGCUUCUCCUGUUCUCACUGAUCCUGUUCCGAUCAACAAGUCAAGACUAGGAAUGCAUUCUGGUGUCAUAAGUUACUCGCAGCAAGAUUCAUCAUCAUCAUCAUCACUCUCACUCUCUCCUGCUAAGUAUUCAAGAAACAGUUCCAGGAAAAGCUCAGGAAAUCUUGAUGAUGUUCGCUUCAAUGGUUGGCUCGACGCCAUGAAAGCCUCUUCACCUCCCAGGAAGAAGCAACCUAAGGGUGGCUUCAACUCUCACAACAUCGAUUCCGAGGAAGACCAUCGCUCCUGGCUGCUUGAUUAUCCAUCAGCACUGGAUUGUUUUGAGGAAAUGAUAGAGCAUGCAACGGACAAGAAGAUUGCAAUGUUCCUAGACUACGAUGGCACUCUUUCACCUAUAGUGGAUGAUCCAGAUUGUGCUUUCAUGUCUGAAGAUAUGCGAGCUGUUGUGAGGAGUGUGGCCAAGUGUUUUCCGACGGCAAUCAUCAGUGGAAGAAGCCGAGACAAGGUUUAUGAUUUAGUUAAACUAACGGAACUGUACUAUGCUGGUAGUCAUGGGAUGGACAUUAUUGGGCCUGCCUGUCACUCGCUGUCCAAUAAGCAUCCAGACUGUGUUAAGUCCACUGACCAACAGGGAAAGGAGAUAACUCUGUUUCAACCUGCGAGAGAAUUCCUGCCUAUGAUUAACGAGGUUUUUAAAAGGCUGGUCGAGAUUACUAAAGAUAUAGAGGGUGCGAAAGUUGAGAACCACAAGUUUUGCGUUUCUGUACAUUAUCGUAAUGUAGAAGAAAAGAAUUGGACAGCUAUUGGACAACUUGUGCAUGACAUGUUAAAAGAUUACCCUCUUUUACGCUCAACACAUGGACGAAAGGUUUUAGAGGUUCGUCCAGUGAUUGAUUGGAACAAAGGAAAAGCAGUUGAAUUUUUACUUGAGUCUCUGGGUUUAAGUGAACGAGAUGAUGUUCUUGCCAUUUACAUUGGAGAUGAUAAGACCGAUGAAGAUGCAUUCAAGGUGCUGCGAGAGAGCAGAGGAGGUUAUGGGAUUUUAGUUUCAUCAUCCAGAAAGCAAAGUAAUGCCUUCUAUUCUCUCCGGGAUCCAACUCAGGUAAUGAAAUUUCUGGAAAUGUUUGUGAAUUGGAAGAUGGAAGAAGAAAACAAGAACCAGGGAAAGAGGCAUUCGUUUUAACUUUUAACAACUCUGAAGAUUUGAAGUAUUCACCCUGGGCCCACCAUUUUUCUUUUCUUUUGUUUUUUUUUUUUUUUGUCACAGCGGUUAAUCUCAUUCAUCAUUUCAAUUUCUUCGUUUCUUAUUUAUUCCUCAUUAUUAUAUAUCAUA